AUGGGAGAAGUAACACCAGAGAUGGAGAGGAUCUUCAAGCGUUUUGACACCAAUGGAGAUGGCAAGAUAUCUCCUGCAGAGCUUGGUGAAGCUUUGCGCACUUUGGGAUCGACAAACUCCGACGACAUUCAGCGAAUGAUGAGUGAGCUCGAUACCGAUGGCGAUGGCUAUAUCGAUUUCAAAGAGUUUCUGAGCUUCUGUUGGGCUAACCCUGGAAUCAUGAAGGACGUUGCUAAGGUCUUCUGA